GGAUGGCUGCGGCGGCGGCGGUGGCGGUGGCCGGGGCUGUGUCCGCGGCCCGGAGAGGGUCAACACAGUCGCCCAGACGCCGAAGACCCCGCCGCCCGCGCGAGGUGUAGACGGGGCACUGCCUGCAGAGCAGGUUCUGCCAGCCUCGCUAGAGAGGAUGCCCCCGUGUCCGUGAUGGGCUGUGGGACAAGCAAGGUCCUUCCCGAGCCGCCCAAGGAUGUCCAGCUGGAUCUGGUCAAGAAGGUGGAGCCCUUCAGUGGCACUAAGAGCGAUGUGUACAAGCACUUCAUUACAGAGGUGGACAGUGUUGGCCCUCUCAAAGCUGGGUUCCCAGAAGCCAGUCAGGGUGCAAACCCCUGCCCUGGUGCCCCCACCACCGGCCACACAGAGCCUCCCUCAGAACCACCACGCAGGGCCAGGGUGGCUAAGUACAGGGCCAAGUUCGACCCACGUGUGACGGCCAAGUACGACAUCAAAGCCCUGAUUGGCCGAGGCAGCUUCAGCCGAGUGGUGCGUGUGGAGCACCGGGCAACCCGGCAGCCAUAUGCCAUUAAGAUGAUUGAGACCAAGUACCGGGAGGGGCGGGAGGUGUGUGAGUCGGAGCUGCGUGUGCUGCGCCGGGUGCGCCAUGCCAACAUCAUCCAGCUGGUGGAGGUGUUUGAGACACAGGAGCGCGUGUACAUGGUGAUGGAGCUGGCCACUGGUGGAGAGCUCUUUGACCGCAUCAUCGCCAAGGGUUCUUUCACUGAGCGUGACGCCACUCGAGUGCUGCAGAUGGUACUGGAUGGCGUCCGGUAUCUGCACGCACUGGGCAUCACACACCGAGACCUCAAGCCUGAGAAUCUGCUCUACUACCACCCAGGCACUGACUCCAAGAUCAUCAUCACCGACUUUGGCCUGGCCAGUGCCCGCAAGAAGGGUGACGACUGCCUGAUGAAGACCACCUGUGGCACGCCCGAGUACAUUGCCCCUGAGGUCCUGGUCCGCAAGCCCUACACCAACUCAGUCGACAUGUGGGCGCUGGGCGUCAUCGCCUACAUCCUGCUCAGUGGCACCAUGCCCUUUGAGGAUGACAACCGCACCCGGCUGUACCGGCAGAUCCUCAGGGGCAAGUACAGUUACUCGGGGGAGUUCCCCGACCAGGGAUCAAACCUGUGCCCCCUGCAGUGGAAGAGUGGAAUCCUAACCACUGGACUGCCAGGGAGUUCCCGUUUUUCUUUUCCUCACUUGGCUGCAUAUGAGGAACAGAAUGUUACCUGGCCAGUCAGUCAGAGGCUGCCAGACAUACUCAUGUGGCUCCAGAGGCCCGAGCAUGUUGGGGAAGCAGCCCUGGCCCAGCGUGUCCAACCUGGCCAAGGACUUCAUCGACCGCCUGCUGACGGUGGACCCCGGCGCCCGUAUGACGGCACUGCAGGCCCUGAGGCAUCCGUGGGUGGUGAGCAUGGCAGCCUCUUCGUCUAUGAAGAAUCUGCACCGCUCCAUCUCCCAGAACCUCCUCAAACGCGCCUCCUCGCGCUGCCAGAGCACCAAAUCUGCCCAGUCCACGCGUUCCAGCCGCUCUACACGAUCCAACAAGUCUCGCCGAGUGCGGGAGCGAGAGCUGCGGGAGCUCAACCUGCGCUACCAGCAGCAGUACAAUGGCUGAGCUGCCAGGCUGGGGUGCAGACAUGGCAUGGCCCCAGCCUGGCCACACAUCGCUGUGCCAUCUGGGCCCACCGCCCUCUCUAGAGAUAGGUCUCUAUGGUCAGUGGUAGGUGAAUGGCCCCAGCCCCUUCUCUGUGCCUUCAGCAGUCCCCAUCUUCACCCUGGGCCUGAGUCUGGUGCGACAGAGUGGAGGGAGCCCUGGGGCGUACGAGCCCCCUGAACGGGGAGCCUGGUCUGGCACUAAUGCUCCUUUUGCUGGACAACUGCUCUGGUACAUAUUGGGGGAAGGGCAGGACCUGGCCUUCAGUCUCCUCACCUCUUGGCUCUUCUCUAGACCAAAUGAGCAUGCAGUGCCAGGUAGAGGGCGUCCUUUGGUCCCAGGACUCUUCGGGACAGUUAGUUCUGGAAUCCCCCCUUUCCUCUACCAAGCCUUCCUGUCUGCCCUCCCCCCGCCCCACAUUCCAUGGCGCCCUGAUCCUCAUGACUAUGCUCCAGUGCGAGGCCCAGGUAGGCCCACAGCUUGUGCCUUGGCUGGACUCUCAGCCCCUGGCUAAGUCUAAACAGCCUCCCACCUCCCAGCCAAGAUCUGUCUUCCUUCAUGGUGCCCCCAGGGACCCCUCCCGGCCCCAGGACUUGCCAGGAUCUCUGGUGGUAGGACCAUGGAAUGGUCCUUGGCCCUCUGGACUGUGUGGCCACAUUGGUAGCAGGCUUGCUCCAGGCUUCAGCCUCUCUCUGACUAUGAGAGUUCCUGCCCACCAGCCUACUGCACUCAGUGCCUUCUUUACAGAGCCUACUAUCACCUCCCUCUCCCCCUUGGAUGCCCAUUCUAUUCCCCAGGUGCCUCCUUCCCAACUGUGCGGGGUUAAAAGGAGCCCCACUGCUGCUACCUGGGGGAUGGGGGCACCUGGGCCAAAGCAAAGGGCAGGGGCUUCCGAGGGAGAGCCCCAUCAGGAUUCCAGUGUCAGCCUUGGUUCCACCCUUGGUGUUGCCUCUCCCUUCAGGUGCUGCUGUUCCCUCCUCUGCAGCUGCAUGAAGGAGCCAUCUAGCGUCUGGCAUGAGUAUGGGCGGCCUAGGAAAGAGCACCAUGCUCUCCCUUUAUCCUCCAAGAGGAAGUCGAAAGGAAGGAGCUGCUGCAUUGAGGGAGGGUCCCCGGGGUGCUCAACUCUAUCCCCUUCUGCUGAGCUUCUGCGCAGCUCCCUGGAACUUAGCCAUACUGUGUGACCUGCCUCUGAACCCUGAGUGCCUGGGGCACUGACCUUCUCACGGUGGCCUUGCUCAGUCCAGCCUGUCCCCGCUUCUUUUCACAGCAUUACCCUUCCAUUCUGGGCCCCGCUGAAUCUCUGGAGGGAGCCCCUGCGAGAGGCGGGUGGAAUUGGGUGGCUGCUUUCCCAGAGGUCUGAGCCAGACCAUCCCGCUGUCAGUCAUGGUGCCUCCCCACCACCACAGACGGGGCUGGAACCCAAGCCCUGUCCCUCCACAGCUGCUUUCAGUGGGUGGGAAGGAGCCAGGGCCCAGCUUUAGCCUUAGCUGGACUGCAGGUCCCCUGCCAGCAGGGAGGGUUUGGCUCUCAGUUCCUCCCAGUGGGUUCCCUUGGGCUAGGCCCUCCUCUUUUUGCAUGUGCCACAUCCAGUGGGAAACCAAGCCAAAAGAGACCACUCUGGGCCAAGUCAUCCGUACCUUGUACACCCCCUCCUUCUGUUUCCAGUUCCCCUAGCACAAGGCAGUGGAAAGCCCAAGCCCCAUGGCCUCAGAAUUCCCCCUACUUCCCCAAGUGCCUCUGGGGAUUUAUUUCCUCUUUUGGCCAGGAUGGGCCUGGUCCUGAAGGUAGGACGGAGGGAGUUUGGAGACUUGGGCCUUUAUGCCAUGGACUGUGGAUGGAGAAUGUGCAGUUAUUUAUUUUGUGUACUCAGUUUGUACAUGUAUCCUUCGUACUCAAUAAACAGGCUGCCUUCCCCAGGGAAAGCUGCCCAUUCAUUCCGACA